AUGCCUCAUCCCAUGCCUCAUCCCAUGCCUCAUCCCAUGCCUCAUCCCAUGCCUCAUCCCAUGCCUCAUCCCAUGCCUCAUCCCAUGCCUCAUCCCAUACCUCAUCCCAUACCUCAUCCCAUGCCUCAUCCCAUACCUCAUCCCAUACCUCAUCCCAUACCUCAUCCCGUACCUCAUCCCAUGCCUCAUCCCAUGCCUCAUCCCAUGCCUCAUCCCAUGCCUCAUCCCAUGCCUCAUCCCAUGCCUCAUCCCAUGCCUCAUCCCGUACCUCAUCCCAUGCGUUGUCCCCUCAUGUGCCGCCCCCCUGCAGGGCGGCUGCUGCGGGGCGUGGGCACACCGCCGCGGCGACUACUGGCGGACAUGCCCCUUAGUGAGCCCCCCUCUCCCGCUCUCCUCCUCCUCUCCGUCUCCCCUCCUCGUGUCUCCUUUCCCACUCGCUUGCCUGUCUCGCUUGCCUGUCUCACUCAACGCCUCACUCCAUCCUUUUCUCUCACCUCACCUUUCGCACCGUGCCCCCUCCACCCCACCCGACCCUCACCUGUUACUCCCACCUUUUACCCCUCUCCUCUUACCCCUCUCCUCUUGCUCCUCUCCUCUUACCCCUCUCCCCUGACCUCUCGCCAGCAAUUGAUGCACGUUUGUGAGGUUGCCAUAUUUCGGAUCCCUGCCUCUAUCUUCUGUUCCAAUCUCUUCCCGUCUUUUCCUUUUCUUCUCCCUGCACUUUCCCCUUCCUUUUCCCCUUUCCUCCUCGCUCAUUCUUCCCCGCGCCUCCUCACACCGCCAGCCUCUGUUGCCCCUAUCUCCCCCGCUUCUGAAUCCCCUGCGGCAUCCCCACCAGCGAACACUCUACUCGCUCUCAUCGUCACAUCAGCAGUUCUCUUCGUGGGGGUGGUCAUCCUCGUUAUAGUCUUCUGCAGGACAAGGAGACGCUCCCCCCAAGUGGCCCCUCUGGAUGGCAAGGCAUCCGGCCUAGUCGACAGUGACAGUGAGAAGGGAAACGGGGAGGAAGGGGAGGGUGAGGAGGGAGAGGACGGGGAUGGGAGGUACGCGCCAGUGGAGCAGUGGAGCUGGGAGGAGGUCGAGACGGCAACUAAUGGGUUUAGCGAGGAGAACACUAUCGAGGACGCGGGGCACUCGGCGGUGUUCAGAGCGGUGGGGCGCGGUGGAGAGGAGCUGGCGGUGAAGCGCGCCAAGCGGGUGUCUGUGGAGGGGCAGCACCUCUUCCGCAACCAGGUUGAAUUCCUCGAGGGCGUGCGCCAUCCCAACAUAGUGGCGCUGCUGGCGUUCAGUGAGGACCGCAACGAGCAGAUCCUCGUCUUUGAGUUCGUGCCUAACGGCUCACUCACCGACUGGCUGCGGCCGCUGGAUGUAUCCAAGCCUGCGUUGACGUUCGGGCAGCGCCUGGCGAUAGGAGCGGAGGUGGCACGGGCGAUCAAGUAUUUGCACGCCAAGGCCCCCCCUGUGCUGCACCGGGACAUCAAGUCCGAGACCAUUCUGCUGGAUAACGACUUCAAGGUCAAGCUGGGCGGGCUGGGCGUGCUGAAGCACCUGCCAGGGGAGGCCAUGCGGUUGCGCAUGCAGCGCAAGCGAGGCUACCUGGACCCGGAGUACUUCCAGAGCUUCCGCAUCACCAGCAAGUGCGACGUGUACAGUUUCGGAGUGGUACUGCUGGAGUUGAUUACAGCGAAGCUGCCGAUAGUGGAUGAGAAGGACGUGGUCAUGGGCUCCCGCACCAGCAAGCGAUUCGUUACCCUCGUGCAGUGGGCCCUUCCGAAGAUCAAGGAGGGGAAGUACAACGACAUGGUGGACCCGCGCCUGGGAGCGUACCCCGGGGAUCUGAUGGAAAUCUUCUGUGGCAUCGCUGCCGAGUGUGUGACCCCGCAGCGCAAGAACCGACCGGACAUCGAUGUGGUGUCCGCCUGGAUGGACGAGCUCAUCCAGAAGGAUGCCGCAUCGCGAGAGCCGCUCUCUCGGUUCAUGCGAGCAGUGCCAGAAGAGGAGGAAGUGGAGGAGGAUGAGAAAGCGGAGGAGGUAGGUGAGGUGGUGAAGGGAGGGAAGGAGGGGAGGGAGGUGGUGGUGGUGAUGACAGAGGAAGCUGGUGAUGGGGAAAAGGGAGGGGAACGGAGCAAAGAGACGCGCAAGGAUGGUGCUGCUCCUGAUGGUGGGACUGAGGUUGCUGCUUCUUCGGCUGAUUCUGUUCGUGCCAAAACAGAUAUUGGCAUCAGUGCAGGUGCUGCUGAUGUCACGCCUGCUGCUGGCGCCAGUGCUGAGGUCUGCAUCGGGGUCGAUCGAAAUGUGGUGCCAGCUGAAAAAACGGACAACCAUGUGGGUGUAGAGGUACAUACUAAAGUUGGGACUUAG